GCCUUAGAGAAACACAACAUCGACGCUAUUAGCAUCGGUAAAUUUAGCGCAAUUGGCCUCGCACGGAUUACUGUAGUGUUCGACAACUCAGGGACGUUACGAUACGAGCAGAGUUCCAGCUAAGGAAUUUUCAGGAUCUGAUAAGGGGGUUUCCGACAAUCGCCUCUUUCUCCAUAUUUAUGGGCAUUCGUCGAGUUUUCCUUCUUUGUCGCGGUCAGCAGCGUAAGGACUUAAUUAUUCUCCUCAGCUCGUUUCAGACCAAUUUAAUCAUCGGCUCACGCUACCUGAGAUCGGAUGGAUAAAGUGCGAACGUUGAUUCUGACCAACUUGGUACGCGUUCGAUUCCCACGGACUGACCACUACCUUUUCUAAUGCGACUAUGGUAUAAUUUCCAUGUUUGGUGUUCAGGAGUUUGCAACAGAUCACGCGUACGGAAAGCUUCAAUACGUCGAAUUGAACCCGAUGACAUUUAUUUCUAUCUCGGUAUCGCAUGGAUUGUAAGUACAUUGGAAAUUUACAAUUGGCUGAUGAAGUUUUUCGAAGACCACAAAUACGGUUGAGUCGAUGUGCCCGUUUCAGAAUUGGUGAGAAGAGAAAAAAAAAAAAAAACAACCAGAAAAUUCGAGUUUCAACUCGGCACGUGGAUCGUUUAGUAGAUCAUAAAACUGCGGGCUAUCUUUGUUCGGUCUAAUCGAGUCUAUAUCGGAACAUCUAGAUCACUUCGAAAUAUUCAAUUUCCAACAUAAACAUCAGCAUCUGCAGUUCGGAGAUGUUUCAAACUAAACAACUUGACUCGAAAAUACACAACGUAAUUCGACGUAUAACGGCUCAUCCUGUUUUUCGUUCGACACUUUGAAGAAGUGCAUUUAAAAAUAGAAAGAAACGUAUUAUAUCAGGAGCUUGCCGUGCGAACCUAUUAUAAAAUUAUCGAUCUCAAAUUUAUCUGCAGUCUUCAAAAUCCAACUUCCAACAUCAGUUCGGGAAGUCUAAAUCGUCGAUAACGAAACGAUAGCUCUUUCAACUAUUUGUCUUCGAACUUUGCGUCGAUCAAAAGAAAAGGAUGGCACAAUAAUUAUUGUGCGUAGCUUAUCGCGAGCGAACUUCGAACAUGGGGGAGGACAGGGACAUCUCGGUUUUGAGCGUCAUUACAGUUGACCAAUGUAUAGCGGAAAACUCUGAGGCCCACAGAACUUCAAGGUUCGAUUUAUCGAACCAUAAGGACGAAAAUGCCAAACUGGUUGUACGGAGAGGAGAUCCUUUUUAUAUAACGCUGAUCCUUUCACGUGCUUACAACCCCGAGACGGAUGGAAUAUCGUUAGUUUUCGCUCUCGACGGGGUAGAGAAACCGCUUCAUGGACACGGUACUUUGGCCGCGACGUCGGUUCUUCCCGCAGGAAUUGAGGGUGAAGGUUCGUGGCGUGCGAACAUUGUUUCCGCCAUGGGUAACUCCAUCCGCAUGAAAAUUGUUUCACCGGCCGAUUCGAAGGUCGGUAAAUGGAAAAUGGACAUUGACACUAAAUGGAAAAACAACGGCGCCGUUAGCUUCACAUUGAAGAGUCCGAUUUACGUGAUAUUCAAUCCAUGGUGCGAAUACGACACAGUUUUCCUGGGUGACGAGGACGCUCGACAAGAAUACGUCUUGGCUGACGCUGGUCUGAUGUGGCGGGGAAGUUACAAUCGUCAGCGUCCCGUAAUCUGGAAAUAUUCGCAAUUCGAAAAGGACAUUCUAGACUGCGCGGUCUACCUCAUUACGGAUACCGCGAAGGUCCGAAUAUCCGCUCGGCAAGACCCGGUGACAAUAUCGCGCAGACUUUCCGGGGCGGUGAACUCGCCUGACGACAAUGGAGCGGUGAUGGGCAACUGGUCUGCAGAUUUCGGCGGCGGAACACCACCGACAAAGUGGAUGGGCUCUCAACAGAUCCUUCAAGAAUAUUGGCGGACCAAGAAACCGGUAAAAUAUGGUCAAUGUUGGGUCUUUGCCGGCGUAUUGACUACCGUUUGUCGCGCUCUUGGGAUCCCAUGUCGUCCUGUCACAAAUUACUCGAGUGCUCACGACACCCAGGGCAGUCUGACGGUCGACUACUUCAUCGAUGCUGAGGGCAAGGUCAUGGAGGAAAUGAACAGCGACUCGAUCUGGAACUACCACGUAUGGAACGAAGUCUGGAUGACGAGACCCGACCUAAUGCCCGACUGUGGUGGUUGGCAAGCCAUCGAUGCGACCCCCCAGGAACUUAGCGAAGACGCCUAUCGAUGUGGUCCGGCGUCAGUUGCGGCUGUGAAGAAAGGUGAAGUGAUGCGUCCCUAUGACAACGGAUUCCUCUUUGCAGAGGUCAAUGCGGAUAAGGUGUUCUGGCGAUACAAUGGACCAGUUCAACCUUUGAAACUUAUGCGAAAAGAUGCGUACGGCAUCGGACGGUCCAUCAGUACGAAGGCCGUUGGACGAUGGGAACGAGAGGACAUUACGCACAUGUACAAGUAUCCUGAAAAAUCUGACGAAGAGAGAGCGGUUAUGCUCAAGGCGUUACAGCAGAGCGCAUCGUUGUUCAGUCGUUAUUAUUUGAACGAAGAUUUCAACGAUAUCAAAUUUGACUUCGAGCUCAGAGAUGACAUCAUCAUUGGAGAACCCUUCAGUGUCGUUCUACUGAUGAAGAACAACAGUAGGACGAAGGAGUAUCACGUGUCGGUGAUAAUCCGGGUGGAGGCGGUUCUGUAUACUGGACGUGUUGGAGACGCGGUAAAACGUGCAGAAAUCACACGUACCGUGGAACCUGGUACGACUGAACAAGUUCGCCUUGACGUUAGUUGGGAAGAAUACGGUCCACGUUUGCUCGAUCAAUGUGCGUUCAACAUCGCCUGUCUCGCCACAGUCAAGGACAGCAAUUUUGAAUACUUCGCGCAGGACGAUUUCCGCGUCAGAAAACCUGACAUCAUAAUCCAGGUGAAGGGAGAGUCGAUACUUGGCGAGGAGUUGCAUGCGACAGCCUCGUUCAAAAACCCCUUACCGAUCCCGCUGAAGAAGGGAAGAUUCCUUAUCGAAGGACCCGGACUGGAAGGGAAUAUGAAGUUGAAGUUAUCGGACACGGUUGAGGUCGGCGGAGAAGCGAUUUGUUCGUUUUCAAUGGUUCCAAAACUGGAAGGGCGCGCGACCAUAGCUGCCAAAUUUUAUUCAAAUGAAUUGGAGGACGUUGACGGUUUCGUAAACUUCAUGGUGAAACCGCGAAAGUCAUCUACAAAUGGCAGAUCGUCGAGUGACAUUGUCAACGAAUAAGUUGUCGAUAGGAGAUUUCCCCCUGAACAAGAAAACGCUGCUAUAUCUAACGACAACGAUGUGUGAAAAUCUUUUUACAUUACGAGAAUGGUCAAUGUUCAAUAUAGGUUUGAUGGAUGGCUACUGUGCAUUGUGGUGAAUUACCUACUGUCAGUCCAUCAGAUACCUGAGGUGAACUUGAAAUUUUCAAUUAUGUGACUCAAGAUUGUUACUGUUGAUUUGUAACACCAAAGAAAAGAUCGUUCAAGAAGAUUGCUAUGCCUGACGGUGAUGAAUGAUUGUCACGUUUUUUUGGUCUGACGAACAUUAUUCGAAAGAGGUUGCAUGAAGGGCUGUUGUGAAUCUCUGCUAGUAUUCUACUAUCUUAUUUGAACACGUAACAGUCAAAAUUAGGUUUAAGUUAUACACAGCUAUUGAAGAAAAAAAAAAGAAACAAGUUCAUAAAUGUAACGCUAAGGUUUUUAUUUAUUUGAUUACGAUUAUUUAUAUUUGUACAGUUUUUUUGUUAGAAUAAUUUCAACCUGAUAUUAGGACAUUUGUGCAAAAUCAUUGACAUCAUUGACAACUUAUUUUUAUGGAAAAGGGUAAUGAGAUUUGCUUAGGAUUUCUGAAGAAGCCAAGUUAGGCAAAUUUGUAAUUUACUCAUGACCAAUAAAACAUCACAUGGCCACAA